AUGGCGUCUUAUCGGAAGGAAGUGACUAACAUUGCAGAUCACUUCAAGGGUUAUCAAGUGGAUCACAAUGACAGGCGCCUCAACGAGGCGGCUGAUGCAUUGUUACAACUUGGCUCUCAAUGUAAGCUGGUCCCUCCCAACGUUUUCCUUGAUGUCCUCCAUAAUCCUUCUGUCAAGUUGCCAUCCGAGGAAGAUCUGGCUAUCCCUGACCUGGAGGCACAGUUGGUGGAGGCUCUUCGUCCAUCCCCGGACUGGAUGGUUGCUUAUUUGGCAUAUCAGACUCGAGGAGAGCUCCCUGGGGAUGAACUUAUUCCUUGUCAAAUCGUUCGACGAUCCAACUCCAUGACUAUUGUCAACGGCGAGUUGCAUAGAAGAAGCAUCACUGGUGUUUUUCAACGAUGUGUUUCCCCUGUUGAAGGGUGA